AUGUCCCUCGCAAAGGCAAAGCUCUCGCUCGCCGAGAAGCUCGACUUCCUCCCCGCAUUGGCGACUAUCUUCGCCGCGGCGACUUGGUCGCUUUUCACGGCUCUCUGGCGUACAGAGCGCCAGGCCAAGUCUCUGCUGCUGCACGUUGGCUAUGCGGUUUUCCGCCAGACCACGGCGCGCUUAUCCCCGGCCCAGAUGCAGGCUAUCUCGCCGCCGAGUAACAAGAUCUAUGAGCGCUUUGUGAAGAAGGUGGGCGUGAAGUCUCAAUCGGUGGAAUUGGGUCACGGCGCACAGGGCCAUUGGAUUGGUGAUCGCAAUGCGAAAAAUGUGCUUAUCUGGUUUCAUGGCGGCGGCUUCUGUCUCCCCGCCAACUUGGGCUACUUCAAGUUCUACACCCAAGUCGUCGCCGACCUCGAACGAGCGGGCAAAUCCGUCGCCGUCUUCAGUCUCACCUACACCCUCGCCCCGGAAGCAAUCUACCCAACCCAGCUCCGCCAAGCUGUUACUGCAGUCCGCUACAUCCUCUCCCAACCUAACCGCGACCCAUCAACCGUCUUCCUGGGCGGCGACUCCGCCGGCGGAAACCUCGCCUGCGGCGUCCUCUCCCACUUGGCCCACCCUCAUCCCGAAAUCGAGCCGCUGACGCUGGGCGCGAACAAACUCGGCGGCGCGGCAAUGAUCGCACCCUGGACCCUCCUCGAUAGCGUGUUCCCGCCCGAACAGAUUAUUUAUGACGGUGGGGACUUGAUCACCGUUGCUGUGGCGGGGCCGUGGAGUAAGGCGUAUUUGAGCGACACGACCAGGGAUUAUUAUACUGAUUUGUCGCAUGCGCCGACGGAGUGGUUCAGCACGUUCCCUGUGGAGAAGGUGUUGAUUACCGGUGGUGGGAAUGAGAUUAUGUUGCCGAUUAUUCGUGAUUUUGCGGAGAAGUUCCAGGAGGGGUUCCCUGAUGUGGAGUUUUUUGUCGGGCAUCGCGAAUGUCAUGUUGCGCCCGUUUAUAAUUUGGAGUUGGGGAGUACCGAGGAGACGGAGCAGGGGAAGAAGAUCAAGUCUUGGUUGAGGGAGUUGUUGAAGUAG